AUUUUUCUCAGUUUACAACUGCGUCACAAGUGAAGGGCUGAGCUUCAUAGAUUUGCAGUCUACUGACUAUAAUUUUUUCUAAAAAGUAGAUUGCAUCUCUAACUUCAGCUUUAGAGCAGAUAUGUCUGUCAUCAAUAUUGUGGUACUUCUGGUUAUCCUGGCCAUCCCUGAGGGUAUCAGUCUGGGGGAUCAAGGAGUGAUUCUGCGAUGUCGAUGCAUUCACCUGGAGAAAAAGCCCAUUGGACGUCACAUAAGAACAGUGGAAGUGAACCGUCCUAAUUCCCACUGCAAAAACGAGGAGAUUAUCGCUACACUUAAAAAGGAUGGGCAAAAGGUUUGUCUGGACCCUAAUGUUCCUUGGGUCAUAAAAGUGAGGAAACUAGCUGAGCAGACACUGUAAACAGCAAACUCUCUCAGAUGGAAUAUGAAAGAAAUGCAGCGGCUGUGAUGAGUUUUUGUUUACUUUGAACCAACUUUUGAACUUCCUGAGAGUCAUUGAGAACGGAUGCAUGUUGACACAAAUGUAUCUUUCUGAUCAAUAUGUUAAGCAUCACAUGAUUACAUACUUUAAUAGAGCUUGUAUUUCAAAAUGUUAAUAUUCUAUCAGUAAUUUUUGUGUCUUACUCUGCAAUGCUGAACAUAAUGGAAAAAUAAGAGCACCAAACAAACGUGAGUAGCAGUGCAGAUUGCACAACACCAUGAUAUUCAAAACAGUGGUGUACUGUCAGACAAUAACUGUACAAAUAAAAUGUGACCUUAUACGAACCAAACAUCUAUCAAUAUCU